AUGAACAAGCGGCACGCCACUGAGGCGCUGGAAGACUUGCAGGGGAUCGCCUCACCCGCCUCAAAACGAUCACGGACGCGCGACGCCGAAUCGCCCAUCGAGCGCAAUAACAUCACAAGCGCAUUGAAUGAAGGCAGCACCAACGGACACACAGCUGCGGCGGGCAGCGGCGAUGGCGGAGACGACGACGAUGAGUUUGAGGGCGCGGAUGCGGCGCCCGUAGCAGCACCGACGCGGCAGGCCAAUCCAGCCGCGGGCUACGAUGACCUGUACCUCGACACCAUUGAUCGCAACGUGCUCGACUUUGACUUUGAGAAGCUGUGCUCGAUAUCACUUUCCAACAUCAACGUCUACGCGUGCCUAGUCUGCGGGCGGUACUUCCAGGGCCGAGGCCCCAAAUCGCAUGCCUACUUUCACUCGCUCGACGAGGACCACCACGUCUACAUCAACCUCGAAACGCAAAAGGUUUACGUGCUCCCCGAGGGCUACGAGGUCAGGAGCAAAGCGCUCGACGACAUCAAGUACGUGUCGGACCCGCGCUACACGAAGAAGGAGGUAAUGGAGCUGGACCGCCCCGCUGGCGGUGGCGGUGGCCGCAAAAAGAGCUGGACACUGGGCGGUAAGGAGUACGUGCCGGGCUUCGUGGGAAUGAACAACAUCAAGGAGAAUGACUACAUCAACGUCAUUGUGCAGGCGCUGUCGCACGUCGCGCCGCUGCGCAACUACCUGCUUCUCGAGGACUUUUCCGGCAAGUCGGAGCUGGUGAAGCGGUGCAGCAUCCUUUUCCGCAAGAUCUGGAACCCGCGGGCCUUCAAGUCGCACGUAUCGCCGCACGAGCUACUACAGGAGAUUGCGCUACGCUCCAACAAGCGCUUCACCCUGACGUCGCAGUCGGACCCCGUCGACUUCCUCUCGUGGUUUCUCAACAACUUGCACAUUGGGCUCGGCGGCAGCAAGACGCGGCCGGGCAGUUCCAUGGUGCAGCGCGCGUUCCAGGGCCGCCUCAAAGUCGAGUCGCAGGCUAUCACGGCGCGCGCCGACGUCGGCGACCGCUUGCGCUUCGAGGACGCCGGCGAGGUCAGCGUCGACGUGGUGCGGUUCCUGCUCCUGACGCUGGAUCUGCCGUCGGCGCCCCUGUUCCAGGACGAGCUCGAGCGUAACAUUAUUCCGCAGGUGCCGCUGACGUCGAUCCUGGCAAAGUACGACGGCCGCUCCGCGCAGGAGCACCACGCGCAGCGCAAGCGCUACCGCCUGCUGCACCCGCUGCCGCCGUACCUCGCACUACACGUCAAGCGCUUCAGCCACAACAAGUUUGUCGCUGAGCGCAACCCGACCAUUGUGACCUUUGACGCGCGCAACCUCGACGUCGCGCCCUACGUCGAGCCCGACCCCGCCGCCUGGCCCCCCGGCGAGCCCAUCUGGUACGACCUUGUUGCCAACGUGGUCCACGAGGCGGUGCGCACCCGCGAGGACGUGGCCGACACGGGCGAGGAGCGCAAGGCCUGGAAGGUCCAGCUGCGCGACAAGGCGACGGGUGAGUGGGUUGUCUGCCAGGACCUCUUUGUCGACAAGGUACAGAGCGAGCUGCUAUACCUGGGAGAGUCAUAUCUGCAGAUCUGGGAGCGCAGGAGGGACCCCGUGGGCAAGGGCAAGGGCAAGGCGAAUGCAAACUAG